AUUUUCUCAGAAGACGAGCUAUCACUUGACCCACCAAACAAUUAAAAAAACCUGAAACGACAGCAAUAUUAUUGGUAAAUGAUCAUCAUGAUCUAUAAGUUGACAUUCUCAUCCUGGAACUGGAAUGCAACAAGCGGAUAACAUGGACAAGAUAGAACACAAGUACUUAGAUGUUAGAGGACUAAAGCUUCAUGUUGCUGAAAUUGGUACAGGUCCUGCUGUGAUUUUCAUACAUGGAUUUCCGGAGAUUUGGUACUCGUGGCGACACCAGAUGAUCGCUGUUGCUGAUGCGGGGUUCAGAGCAUUGGCUCCCGACUGUAGGGGAUAUGGCUUGUCCGAAAAGCCUGCAGAAGCAGAGAAGACUACUUUCAGGGACCUUCUUGAUGAUCUUGUCGUAAUUCUUGAUUUGCUUGGCCUUCCUAAGGUUUUUCUUGUUGCAAAGGACUUUGGAGUUCGACCAGCUUACCAUCUUGCCAUGAUUCACCCAGAUAGGGUGUCUGCAGUCAUAACAGUAGGAGUGCCAUUUAUUCUCAAUGUAGUUCCUUUCGGUAUUCCCAAGGGUUUCCACAUGAAUCGAUGGAGGGAGCCAGGGAGAGCUGAAAAAGACUUUGGCCGCUUUGAUGUUAAAACAGUGAUAAGGAAGAUAUACAUACUCUUCAUAGAAAGUGAACUACAAGUUGCAAGACAAGACCAGGAGAUACUGGACUUAGUUGAUGCUUCUGCACCAUUACCCUCCUGGUUUAGCGAAGAAGAUCUAACAAACUAUGCAACAUUGUACGAAAAAUCUGGUUUCCAGACCCCGUUACAGGUUCCAUAUAGGGCUUGGCUUGAAGACUAUGGGUUAGACGAGCUCAAAGUUAGAACGCCAGCAUUGCUGAUUAUGGGUGAGAAAGAUUAUGUGUUAAAAUUUGGACCACUUGCCGAAUACAUUUCAAGUGGAAUGGUGAAGGAAUUUGUUCCUGAUCUGGAGGUCUCGUAUGUACCUGAAGGAACACAUUUUGUGCAAGAGCAAUUUCCUGAACAAGUCAAUCCAAUCCUUCUCAACUUUCUCAGAAAGCAUACUUGAUCUCACGUUGCUGGCACUGAGAAAUUCUCAGGAAAGAGUCUGACAUGUUAUUUCCACUGAUUUUCAAGCUCUUUUCGUUUUUUUGUUCUCUUCUUAUGUGAAGGGAGAAAAAUUCUCUGUUUAAUCAAAUAUAAGAACUGAGUUUCACGCCA